UGUGCUUACAGGUCUUCUGUUUGUGCUGAUAGAGGACAUCAUCAUGCAGAACUGCUCGGUUGGCCAAAAAAAACAAAGAGGAAAGUGUGUAGAUGAAGAUGAGUGUGAGCAGGAACUCAUUUGUGGAGAAAAUGCAAACUGCUUCAACACUGUUGGCAGCUACUACUGUCAGUGUGACACAGGAUUCACACCAGAGGGCACUAAACCAACUGUUAAUUUCACACAAGCAGAUGGGAUUCAGUGCAAAGACUUUAAUGAAUGUGUGAAUACCAGCAUUAAUUGUGGUCCAAAUGCAGAAUGUGUCAAUAAUCAAGGAGGUUAUGCCUGCAUAUGUAGAACUGGCUACACUCCCAGCAAUGGAAAGGAAACAUUUCUUGUUGGACAAGGAGUUCAGUGUGUUGACCUUGAUGAAUGUGUAAAUGCCAGCAAUAAUUGUGGUCCAAAUGCAGAAUGUGCCAAUAAUCAAGGAGGUUAUGUGUGCAGCUGUAGAACUGGCUACACUCCCAACAAUGGAAAGAAGACAUUUACUGCAGAACAAGGAGUUGAGUGUAAUGACACCAAUGAAUGUGUGAAUACCAGCAUUAAUUGUGGGGGAAAUGCAGAAUGUGUCAAUAGUCAAGGAGGUUAUGCCUGCAAAUGUAAAUCUGGCUACGUUUCCAGCAGUGGAAAGGAGACAUUUACUGUAGGACAAGGAGUUCAGUGUGUUGAGUUUAAUUAUGAGAUAUUUAAAAAGAAGAUCACUGCAUUUGAGGCUGCUAAUCCAGAGCUGGCAGAACUUGUCUUCUUGAUGAACAGCAGCUGUGAGGCACUAAAACAGAAUAAAAUUCAAAAUGGAGAAAAGCUUUUAGAGGAAUUUCUCAGUGCUCUAGACGGUCUGCUUCAGAAUAAUGAUCAGUUGGAUAACAAGAAAGCCUCAGCGGUGUUUAGUAUUGUGGAAAGCAUGCUUAAACUGAUAGGACUUAUGCUGCCAAGCAGCCAAACCAAGAGGUCAACCACUAGAUCUGAUGUGGAGCUGUUGGUUAAGAGGAACAGUACUCCACCUGGAGGUCGUUUCAUGGUAUCCAGCAAUGGCACAUGGUUUACUUCCCACUGGGACACAGCAACAGGAAAAGAAUACAUGGGCUUUUCAACAGUGGCUCUCCUCAGCUACACAGGUCUGGAAGAAUCACUCAGCCGCUAUUUUAACCAUUUAGAGAAACAAGAAAAGCAAACAUUCAAAAUCAAUUCAGAAAUAGUAACUGCCACUGUUAGCAAUGAAGACACUGCCAACCUGGAGAAACCAGUAAAUUUCACGUUUUCGCACUUGAAGAAAGAGAAUGUGAAUCACAUUUGUGUGUUUUGGGAUCAUGAUUUGGAUGGGGGUGCCUGGUCGACCCGUAACUGCUCCACAGUGAGGUCCACUGCUGAUGAAACGAUCUGCUCCUGUUCUCACCUCAGCAGCUUCGCUGUGCUUAUGGCUCUCUAUGACAUUGGGGAUGUGUACGAGCUGCGUCUGAUCUCAUGGGUGGGACUGUCUCUGUCUCUGGUCUGCCUCCUCAUCUGCAUUAUCACAUUUUACGCGGUGCGAUCCAUCCAGAGCACACGCAACACCAUCCACAUGCACCUGUGCAUCAGCCUCUUCAUUGCAUACUUCGUAUUCCUCGUGGGCAUCACCCGCACUGAGAAUAAGGUGGGCUGUUCAGUGGUUGCAGGUGUUCUGCAUUACUUCUUCCUGGCCUCUUUCUGCUGGAUGUGUCUGGAAGGAGUGCAGCUCUUCCGCAUGGUGGUGCUGGUUUUCAACACCACACUGAGACACGUCUACAUGUUUGCUGCCGGCUAUGGAGUUCCUGCUCUUAUCGUUGCCAUUUCGGCCUCAGUGAAUGCACGCGGAUAUGGCACCCCGAACUACUGUUGGCUCAACAUUGAUGAUGGCUUCAUCUGGAGCUUUUAUGGGCCAGUUUGUAUUAUAAUUGUUGUUAACGUGUUCUUCUUCCUCAUAACAAUAUGGAAGCUGGCGGAGAAAUUUUCUUCCCUCAACCCAGACUUAGACAAUCUACGCAAAAUUAAGGCGUUUACAGUCACUGCCAUCGCUCAGCUCUGUGUUCUAGGCAUCAUGUGGGUCUUCGGCUGCUUUCAGUUUGACAGCACCUCUCUGGCAAUGUCCUACAUCUUCACUAUUCUGGGCAGCCUGCAGGGGGUGCUCAUGUUUAUCAUGCACUGCUGGCUCUCCAAACAAGUGAGAGACGAAUAUGCCAAAUUCCUGUCAUGUAUUUGUGCACCACAGAAGAGGAAAUAUUCAGAGUUCAGCUCCAAUCAGACAAGCAAAUCACAGGCCUCAAAGAGUGUUCAACACACUGGAGAAUCCCAGAUUUGACAGACAAUAUCAACAUUCUGUUACUGCUAUCGUCUGCCUGCUUUCUGUGGGUAUAAGAAAAUGUUUUUUGUCUUUUAUUUCAGAGGAGUUUUCUUUACUUGAGGGUCAACUUAAGGAAAAGAAAGAAAUGACAGUUAAGAAAUCUUUUUUAUGGACAUAGUAGUGUCGCUUUAAUUAUUUCUUUGUGCUUUUUAAAAUCUCCUUUAUAAUACAUUUAUAAAUACGACACAUAUUGUUUCAAAGCUUAUAGUUCUUAAGACUUUUUCUUUUUAUUAAUAAUUAAAUUAUUUGAAUCAAUGUGGGACCAUGUCCGAGCACUCACUCUAGCUCACCCCAAGCUCUGUGUUGGUUUGAAUUUUUACUAUUGUGAAAAUAAUUGAUUUAAAACUAUUUUAAUUUGAAUGUAUUUAACAUUUUAUUUAUUGAUGUUGCAAAAUCUGAAUCUGAAAAGUUUUCACACAAUCUUUAAAAAUCAUCUUAAAGGUGCAGUAGGUGAUCUGCCUGAAUGCUAACAUGUUAGCAUAAUAUCUUUUAAGCACAAUCCCUCCCCUGCUUCCCAAAGCCACGCCUCCUGAUAUCAUGAAUGGGCACAGCUGAAAGAUGACAGAGACCCACUAGACUAGACCAUGUCAUUUGCCAGUUAGAAAACUUUAAAGUACUUCAUAAUACCACAAUUCCCAACAAAAAAAAAAAAAAAAAAACACAUAUAUAUCUAGCACGUUUCUAGUUGUGUAGUUAGCAAGCAAAACUUGUCGUGAUGUGUAGUGUUUUAUAAAGCAAUGACUGUAUGCUUAGAAGUUGGCCGGAGGCGUGCAGGAAUAUACGUACUAAGCCAUAGCGACAUGCUGUUUCAGACCGAAUAUUCAAAGUAGCAUGGUAAACAAUAUAGGGAGUGUGUCACAGGCUGUCAUUGUUCAAAAAUGA